UGAGGCCGCCACUCACCAUGCACAUAACGCAGCUCAACCGGGAGUGCCUGCUGUGCCUCUUCUCCUUCCUGGACAGGGACAGCAGGAAGAACCUCUCCAGGACCUGCUCCCAGCUCCGAGAUGUGUUUGAGGACCCCACCCUCUGGCCCCUGCUGCACUUCCAUUCCCUGGCAGAGCUCAAGAAGGACAACUUCCGGCUGAGCCCCGCACUGCGCAGCCUGUCCAUCUGUUGGCAUUCCAGCCGAGUGCAGGUGUGCAGCAUCGAGGACUGGCUCAAGAGCGCCUUCCAGAGGAGCAUCUGCAGCCAGCAUGAAAGCCUGGUGAACGACUUCCUCCUGCAGGUGUGCGACAGGUGCCCCAACCUGGCGUCCGUCACGCUUUCGGGCUGCGGCCACGUCACCGACGACUGCCUGGCGCGCUUGCUGCUCAGCUGCCCGCGCCUGCGCGCGCUGCGCCUCGAGAACUGCGCGCGCGUUACCAACCGCACGCUGGCGGCCGUGGCCGCGCACGGGCGCGCGCUGCAGACGCUGCACGUGGACUUCUGCCGCAACGUGAGCGCCGCCGGCCUGCUCCGUCUACGCGCCGCCCGCCCGCGCCUGACCCUGAGCGCCGAGCACAGCGCGACCAUGAUCCCCGACCAGCCACCGCGCGCCGCCUCGGUUCUCCCGGCCGCGCCCCGGGGACAGUGCCCGCCUCACUCCACGGGCUCCUACGGAGGACGCGCACGCGAGAAGCUGAGUGCACAGCUUCUUCAGAAGACAGCCCACUGUCUUGGCUAGGAACUGCAUAAAGAUCUCAUCAAGCUGGAGCCUGAGGCCAGCAGAGACCUGGGCCUACGUGGUGGGCCCCAGAGACCCUGGGAAAGUCUGAGGUGGUGCUCAAAACCUGUCUUGGAGGGACACACACCAGCUUCUGCACUAGCGAAGCCUCCUGGAUCCUACUAUGGCAGUGCUGACCUGUGGCCCAGUACUUUCCCCAAAUCUUUAAAGGGAGACCACCUUACCCUGAGCAACCCUCCUGCAAGCUCUUCCAGUCGAUGUACAACACAGAGCUUCUUGCCAGACACAGAGCUUCUUCUAGCAAAAGUCACAAUCUGGGAGAACCUGAACAAACCCACUUCUUCAUAGACAUAUGGGAAAAGCUUUUUUGUUUGUUUGUUUUUGUUUUUUUUUUUUUUUAAAGGCAAGAGGAUUUUUGUUUUCUUGAGAUUAAGGGCAUAAAUCUGCAAGUAUUUGUUAACUGAAUGAUGCCACCAAUUAAGGACCUACACAAUUAAGGGGUGAAUGUAACCAAGGCAAACCAAAUCCCUACCCCCGGACCCAACUGUUGCUCCACAGACAAGGAAUACUAGUCUUCAAGAAGCAAAGAAUGCAAGCAGGUUUCCAGCCAAGAGGCAGCAUGGUGGCGUGGAGUAAAAGCCCACUAGAAAACUCUUCUGGGCCAGCUGAGACAGUGCCUUAGGUCUGAGCACCGUCCUGUUAAGAGUGCUUCUGGCCUCUCCAGGUGGGGCAUAGCCACUGUUAAAGGUCUGAGCCACAAUUAAAGUAAACUGAAGCCUGCAGACUGCACACUCUUGGCUCAGCAAGAGGGAAAACACUGCUUGUUACCAGGACGAAACCCAGAGGAGUCAACAGGCCCGUAAUCUCAUCCCCACCGAGCAUAUUCUCUUAGUGAAACUCUCCUGGCCAGAGGCCCAGACAUGGCCUUUCAAGCUCAAGCCCAGUGUUAAGGGCUUGUCACUAUCUAGAAGCCCCUGGUGUCCCUCAGAAACAUGAUCCUUUCUCUAAGGCCCAAUUCCAGAUGAAAACUUCAAUAAAAUGAUGUCAGACUUCUCAGCUUAAUCAGGGAUUUUCACUCAGAUUCAGAAAAACAAACACCAGCCUUUCUACUGAUAAAUUCUAACAUUUGCCUGCCCAUUUCUCUGCCUCAUACCUUAUUGGAGCAGGCUGUCAGCAAUGACCUUUGUCUUGAGUCCACAGGAAGCAGCUUGUGGUACACAUUUGGUGGGAGUAAAAGAGACAAGCUGCCCACUGGCCUCCAACUCUUUCUGGUACAAUGCAGCAAGAGCCUCAGAGUGAGGUGGCCCCUCCCUCCCCAACAUACUCAGCUAACACUCAUGCACAGAUGAGCACCUGCCAAUUACCACAGGAGCCGGGCUCAAGCACCAAGUGGGACUCUUUCUCAGCCUUGCACCCUCACACUAACCCUGGUGAAUUCAGUCACUCCCUCAUCCACUUACUGAUGCGUGGUGAUCCCUGCAGGUGCACAGCUGUCUCUUCUGCACCACCUUCCCCUCCCCCCUCGCUGUCCCAAGCUGCCAUCAGAGCUCACUCUGUCUCCUCCAGUUCACUGGCACAGAGGCGCUGCCUCACGCCAGGUGUGCUGAGGCUCUGCAGCAGGAGAGGUGGUGCCAUAAAGCUCUGCUCUAGGGCCAGGGAACAAAGCCAGAGACCCAAGAUGCCAGCAGAACAAACGGAAGGCAGCAUGCAAGUCCCGGCCUCCACCACAUGAUCCGCAGUAGUGUCUUUCAGAUGAAACCUGCCCCAGCUUCUGAAUGGGCCAAAGAGCAUCAAAGUGAUACUGCUGGGCAGCCACGCUCGUUCCAUCUGGGCUGUCUGCCUCAACUCCUCGCCUGAA